AUUCGAACGUCUAGCUUAGCAACAAAACAUUCGAACAUUGGCUGUUGUUUACGUCGAGUUUUCCGCCAAAAUUCAUAUUAUUUCCAAACGGACCACUGUCUGGACGCUCCAUAAUGACUACCUUGAACCCUAGCAGGACGAUUAAUAACUCGGAUGGUAAAUGUUUACUGGAAAAUUGGGUUGAGGAGAGGAGUACCAGAGAUCUUGGUUUGGAUGACAAGAGUAAAGACAGUACAAACAUCAAACAAUUAGGUGUCAGAGGUCAUAGCGGUAUUCUUACCACUAAUAAUGAGGCAAAACAAGAAAAAAUAUCAACAUGUAUGGAUUCAUAUCGACCACCUGAAAGCCCUGGUGUCAGAUUAGUUGGUAAAAAGCAACAAAUGUUGGAAAAAAUGUUGUAUGAAAAGGUCAGUCAAGAAGUGCAUGAAGAAUUCAAUCCUCCUCCUCCAGAACCAGAAUAUGUUUCAGUGACAAAAAAAGACUUUACUGUAGAAGGCUUUGUAUCUGAGUCACCGGAGCCAACAAUGGAUCAUAAUGUAGAAACAGAACAACCAAUCACAUUCUGGUCAGAUCACAAGAUGAAAAUAACUGGUGUAUCGCAAAUCAAGACACAUGACACUCCAUUUAGGAAAAAUGAUGCUUUCAGCAAACCAAUUGAAGAACGUUUUGAUGAAGCACAUCCUUAUGAACUUGAGCAAUACCCUUGGAUGUGAGCGUUACAACAUCUUUCGUCCUUAUUUUAUAUUGAGAUUAAUAAAUACUUAAAUAUUAUUUGGUGAACCAUCCAUUGUGUGAUUUGAAACAUUGUAUAUAUUAUGUAUUAAAAUAAUCAUGUAAGUGAAACCUAGUGAAUAUUGUACCAAGUUCCAUACCUC